AUGGAGGACAACUUCACUAAAUGGGUUGAAGCUGCACCGCUGAAGACAGUUGAAACAGAAGAGGUCUGCAAUGCUAUCAUUAGAGAACUUGUUUCACGGUUUGGCUGUAUGUAUAUUCUUCAUUCUGACAGAGGACCCCAGUUUAUUUCCAACUUGUACGCCUCAUUGCUUCAAAAACUUGGAAUCGACAAGUCAUUAACAACACCAUACAACCCUAAAUCCAAUGGAUUGGUAGAAAACUUUAACAAGAUCUUGAAGUCUAUGAUCAAAACCUACACCUAUGAUCACCAGGAAUCAGUUGGCGAUUGGGAUGUCAUGCUUCCCAUCUUCUUGAUGGCUUAUCGAUCUUCAGUGCAUAACAGCACAGGCGAGACCCCACAUUAUAUGUUGACAUCAAGGGAAAUGAAGCUACCCAUGAAUCUCUUAUACACCAAGCCUGCUGAGACACAGACUUCAGUACCAUCUUAUAUCAGGCAACUUGAGGAUAGAUUCCAGAAAGCCUACAGUAUAGCGCGUAACAACUUGCAGUUAUCACAAAGAAUCCAGAAGAAGCAGUAUGAGCCUUCAAUUCCCAAAUAUCAGUCCCUCAAAGCUGGUGAUUAUGUUUGGUAUUACAUGUAUAAUCCAAGGAAAUCUUUUAAAGGCGACAAACAUGUGCCAUGGCGAGGACCAUACCUAGUAAAGCAUGUAGGUGAAGAUUUCACUGUUACUCUGCAACUUGAUUUGGCUGGAACAACCUACCGAGCUCAUUGUGACAAGCUGAGGAUUGCUCGUGGGGUAAACAGGGACAAUUGGUCACUCAAGUAG